AUGAGUGAUGAACCGAAUGAUACAACAACUUUGACUAAUGCCCAAAGACAACAAUUGAAAGAUCAUAAGAAGAAAGAUGCAAAAGCUUUAGGCUUGAUUCAACAAGGAGUUGCUGAUACAAUCUUUCCCAGAAUUAUCAAUGCUUCUAAAGCAAAUGAGGCAUGGGAUAUUCUCGAGAAUGAGUAUAAAGGCAGCACGAAGGUAAGAACUGUAAAACUCCAAUCUUUGAGAAGAGAUUUUGAAAAUAUGAAGAUGAAAGAAAUGGAAUUGUUGAAAGAUUAUUUUUCUAGAAUUAUGGAGGUGGUAAACCAAAUGAAGACCUAUGGGGAAGAUAUUUCUAAUCAAAGAAUUGUUGAAAAAAUUCUAAUUAGUUUGCCGGAAAAAUAUGACUCUAUUGUUACUGCUAUUGAAGAGACUAAAGAGCUUGAAAACUUGAGUGUUGAAGAAUUGAUGGGUUCCAUAAAAGUAUUUGAGCAAAGGUUGAGUAGGCGUUACAAAAAGACAAUUGAGAGUGUUUUUCAAUCCAAGCUCAAUGUUAGUUCCAAAAAUCAAGAAAAAUACCCAUCAAGUUUUGAUCGAUCCAAAGGUGAAUCUUCUAAAGGUGGAAGAUACGAAAAUUCAAAGAGGAAGAGGAAGAAAUUCAAGAGGAAGAGGAAGAUGAAGAAAUAA